AUGGCGAUCCCGCUAGGCCACAGCCGCAACGCGACGGCGGACGCCAAGAAGCUGCAGAUUGCCGACGCGCUUCGCUACCCUGUUUGUCCACGCGUCCGAGGUCGCGUACGGGUGAACGUAGGAAUGGACACGGUGGGGACGGUGUGGAAGGGGUGGGGCACGUCGCUUGCAUGGUCCGGGCGGUACAUCGGCGGACUGCCGGUGCGGCGGCGCGAGUACCUGCUGGAUCUGCUCUUCCACGCGCGCAAGGGGCUGGGGCUCACCAUCGCGCGCUACAGCAUCCCCGGGGGCUACGACCCCCGCUACAGCCCGCGCCUGGCGCAGCGGGACGUGUUCCGCGGGUACAGCAGCGCGCGCGGGCGGUACAACUGGACGGGCGACUGGCGGCAGGUGGAAGCGCUGCGCGGCGCGAAGCAGCGAGGCGUGGAGGUAUUCGACGCCGUGUGCGACUCGCCGCCCUGGUGGAUGACUAAGUCUAACGACACGGCGGGGAACGCGGACGGGCAGCCGAACAUUAAUCCGGAUUACUUUGACAGUUACGCGGAGUAUGUCGCGCGCGUGGUUUGGCACCUGCAGAACGAUCUGGGGAUUGAGUUUCGCAGCGUGUCGCCUUUUAACGAGCCGCUGGAGCCAUGGUGGGUGAAAGGCGGCGCGCGCGAGGGGUGCGCGAUGAGCGAGAGCGACAUCGUACAGGUGAUGGGGAAGCUUCGCCCACGACUGCAGCAGUACGGGCUGGGCGACGUAUUCGUCGCAGGCGUCGACAGCUGGCCGUCGCAGACCUUCCGUGCGAUGUCGCGCGUGUUCGCGCAAAACAGAGACAAGUGGGACCAGCUGAACGUCCACGGGUACCGGUCACCGGCUAGGAUGACGCAGGGGAGAGACGAGCGGCAGUUCCGCGCGAUAAGAGACGCGGCGAGACGCCUAGGCAAGCCGCUGUGGCAGACGGAGAGGGUGGCCGGGGUGUUCAAUGUAACAGCUAUACGCGAUUCAGUGACAACAUUCGUUUGGGAUAACGUGGCAGUGGGGGAUGACUACACUCCAGGCAUUAUACCCUCGUGGAAGAUCUACUGA